CGGAGCAGGAAUUCCGGCUAUGCGCCGCUGACAGCGUCGUCGAUGUAGUAACACCAUGAUGACCAUCCCCUGGCGUAUCAGAUCUGUUGCCCGGCGAUGAGCAGCGAUCAACUAACCAGCUGUGAGCAACUUGGCAGCAGUUUAUCCGCAGACACACACAGCUGUUUGGGCCAGGCGGUGGAUCAUGAAGCCCUGAUGCUCUGAGUUGGACCGGUGCCCUUUUCUCCACUCGAACUCCUCUCCGGGAUUAAGCAGACUAGCUUCCUCUUGCUGAAGAGUUUUCACAGAUAGGAUCAUGGAUUUGUUCGGGGUGCUUCACUUGGACGAGCUGUCCCACGGACUGGCAAACUUGCCCAUGUUUCCAUACUUUGACAUGGCGCACUAUAUCGUGUCGAUCAUGUCCCUGAGGGAGCAGCCAGGUGCCCUUCAGGUGUCCAGAGUCAGCCCCUUAGCCUGCUGGUUCAGCUCCAUGCUCUUCUGUUUUGGCGGAGCUGUGCUGUCUGCCAUCAUGCUGGCCGAGCCGGUUGUUGCACCUUUGUCCAACAGCACCAGUGUUCUGAUUGCUUCGAUAAUCUGGUACCUAGUGUUCUACUGUCCCAUGGACCUGGUGUACUGUUGUGCUGCCCUGCUGCCUCUCAGGCUGCUGCUGUCAGGGAUGAAGGAGGUGACCAGGACGUGGAAGGUGCUCGGAGGGGUCACCCAGGCACACGGCAAAUACAAGGAUAGUCUGCUGGUUAUGAUUGCCAUUGGGUGGGCUAAAGGUGCUGGAGGAGGUCUGAUAAGUAAUUUUGAGCAGCUUGUUCGAGGCGUAUGGAAACCAGAGACUAAUGAGCUCCUCAAGAUGUCUUACCCCACUAAGAUCACGCUGAUCGGGGCGGUGCUGUUUGCUCUGCAGCAGACCCACUACCUUCCUCUCCAGAAGCACCACCUGAUGCUCGUCUACACCGUCUUCAUCGUCGUCAACAAGUCAAGAAUGAUGCUGACUGGCUCCUCCACCUCACCAUUUGCUAACAUUGAGUCAGCUAUCUACAAGACCCUCUUCACCGGUCACUCCCCGUACGCCGCCCUCACCGACGAGGUAAAGAAAUCGUGCAUCGAUAAUGGCGCAACCAACGGGUCAACCUCCGCAACCAAAGAGUCCGAUGAUAAGGGGGCAACGGGAAAGCACACUACGGGUUCUCCUGUCAAGGAAAAAAGUGUAUCACUCAAAGCCAAAGAGGAGUCAGAGAAUGCAGAGACAAACUGCAAGAAGACCAACUAGUCAGCCUCUGCCUCAUAGCGCCUUUUCACCUCUAACCAGGGUUGUGGAGUCAUUUCUGAUUCAGAUCGGUCACUUCAGGACUUUAUGUGCUAUUUCUCUGUUUAAGACUUUUCUUCCAUCUUACACAUUUCUUUCUCAUUUCUCUCUUUCUCCAAAUGCAAUUUCAAUCUGACUGCUGAAAUAGAAUGUCAAUAAGAGCUGACUCCAACCAACCCUGCACCUUAUUGUGGGAUAAUCACCCCGUCCUUAAAGUACUGUGAUAUUUAUGCUGUCGGAUGUGAACAUCAUACUAUCCUCGGGCUGAUUGCACACUUGCAGUACAAUGUGUAGCUUAAAUUUUAAUAUAUAUAUUUAUAAUGGGUACAAGCUGUUGAUAAUUUUAUCUCUGGGUUUCGGGAACAGUGCUGUGCACCUGCUGAUCUAUGAAUGUCUAUGUGUCUUUUUCUGCUUCGUGUAAAUGCUAUAUUUCCUACUCUGAAAUUGUUUGAAUCAUUUUUAAAAAAAGAGAUUAUAUUCUAUGACACUCAGAUAUUUUAUUCUAUUUAUACUAAAUAAUUGCACUCUUGGAUGUAUAACAAUUCAAAAUGGAAGACAUUUUUAUUGUCUUCGGUUUCUUUGGGGAUUGCUUUAAAAAGCAUGAGAAUAAACACUU